AUGCUUAGCAAGCCUGGAGAAAGUUUGAAGGUCCUCCACUCCAGACCUUUCGCAUACAAGAAGAGCACCGAUGUUCGCCCAGUGCUGUGUUACUAUGCAUACAGAGCCCGAGAUCUCAUGAACUGUACCGUCGCAAGCUUCUACGAAAUCAGCGAUGGUCAACUUACACCCCAGCAGCUACGUGCAAAGCGCGAGUUCAUUGCCGUUUUCGAGCGCCACGCAAAGAGACAAACAAAGAACCUCCAUGCAACAGAUCUAUACAAUGUAAUGAACAAAUUGAUGGAGCUACUCGAUACAUUCUUCUUCUUUGGAUCUGUCACACACUUGGUCCAUUGGCUAGUUCUGACAGUGUUCCCGCCUUGGGAUCUUAAGCUUGGUUUAUGUGAAGAACUGGCAACAAAAAUCAUACCUAAGUUCGACAUAUCCAUACACAGAAAGAGAGGCUCACGAUUAGCCACCCUUGCAGAGCUUGUGGACACUUUGCUCCAUGAGAUGACCCAUACGUUCCUGAUGGCCUUUACCUGUUGCUGCCCAAAAUGUCUCCGAAACGACCAUAACGCUUUGAGCCAGGGAACCACAGGCCACGGACCGACGUUUUGCGGGCUGAGUUACGCGGCCAUGAGAUGUCUGGGUCAAUGGAACCCUGCGUUGGAUGAAGUUUUCAUGGACAGAAGCGGUGGCACCUACAUCGACGGGCCGUCCCUAGCGAAUCAGUUAAGGAUUGCUGAAGAGACACGGCAGAAGGAUCGAUCGGAGGGCAAGAACAUGCUACCGUAUAUAAAGAAUCCUAGUCCUAGACUACUCAUUUGGAACCAAGAGGAUAAAGUCAUUAUUGACGUGGAGCGACUCCGAGCUCAUGUCAAGAGAACUGCUAUGACACCUAUAGAUUCUGCCUGGAUCACAACCUCCGUACUGGCCAGUGGUGGUUCUGUGCAUGGAUCGGAAUCGAAUACGCGGUCGUCAUCACCAGCUAUGGAAUAA